AUGCCUCUUGCUCACGGAUCCCCAGCUGGCAUGUUCUUCUCGGCCGCUGAUGUUUCAGCUCAGAGCUUCGACCACCCCUGCCACCUUGACUUCACCGAAAUCGCGAAUGAUCCGCCUGUGCACCAAUUCCGCGCCGGAAACACGGACCUUGUUGGGUCCGGUGCGCCUGUUCUGUGUGUUUUGUGGUGGGUGUGCCAUAUGUGCGAGAGCAUGUGCAACCCUGCUCUAUCUCCGGAUCGAUGCCCAAUCUGCAGUCACGACAAGUGCAGCUUGUGUGACUCGAUAAAUGUGUGA